AUUUAAAAUUUGAAAAAGUUAAUGAAUAUUGAAAACUGAAUUGAAAAUAUUGCGAUAAUAUUUUAAUUACAUCAAGAUGUCGUAUUUAUAAAGUAUGAUGUCUUUCUUGGAAUCAGGAGAUCAACAAAAACAACAACAACAAAAACAACAACAGCAACAGCAGAAAAAUCAUCGACAACAGCAACAACAGCGAAAAUUUGCUAUUAAAUCAAUUUUAGUAAAUCAAUCGCAAGAAGGAAAUGAUGAAAGUUCGUCCAGCAACAAAAAAUUGCGCUCAUUUAAUUUAGAAGCGAACGAAAAACGAGGUGAAAAAGUUAAGGAAGUUAUUCAAAAACAAGAACAAUAUAAUCAAUUACAAAUAGAGCAACGACAACAACAACAGUUACACCAAAGCGAAUCACAACAAGGGGAACAGCCAAGCCAAAAACAAAAGCAACAGCAACAGGAUAGCCAACAAGAGCAACUUAGUGCCAAUAGCAGCAGCAGCAGUAAAAAUUUAUUUACAACAAAGAAUAAUGAUGAUAAUGAUUUCGAGGUUUCAGCAACAGUAAGAACUACAGUCAGUGAUGAUACAGUAGAAAGUAAUCAAAAGACUGUAGCACUUUUAGAAACAUCACUUUCGUUCCUUCCACCGACCAACACCACCAGCAACACCACCAAAGUAGCUUCCAAUAAGUCCGCCUUGAUGCCUACAUAUUAUACAGUGGAGUUUGACAAUAAGAACCAUUGCAGUCAACAAAAAGUGAAACCGCUUUACUAUAUUCAAAACUCACAGUAUCAGCCAUUAAUUUAUCAAAAUGUUUCCCAUGACAACAAUAAUGAGCAGCGACUUCAUUUGAAACGCUUAAAAUUUAGUAAAAAUAAGGGACAAUUCGGCGAACACGAAUCAAAACGUCUGCAGCAAAGUCUGGCUACUGAUUCUGAGGAUGAACCAAUGAAUAGCGAUCGAAUUGAAUGCAAGUUGACCGGCGAUGAGAAAUUAUUUAUGAAUCCUUUAAAAGGAUCAAAGGUUUCAAAGGACGAUUUAGAAAGUGUUCCAGAAUCUACAACAACGGUUGCUGCGGCAACAAUAAAAAACAUUUCAUCGACUUCAACGCAAGCCGGAAUUUCCCAUAAUAAUGGCCAAAUCCAUAAAGCUCACAAUAAGAAACGUCAACAACAGUUAUUAACUUUAAAAAAUUUAAGCAGCAAUGAUAGUAAAAAUAAUCACGUCCAAGACGAGGAAUUCAAAGAGGAUCAUGAAAAUUUCGAGCAUAAUAAUAAGCGAGUAUCUUGUCGAAAAAGGCGACAAUCCUUAAUAAGCACUCAACGCAUUAGUUGCGAUAAUUUAGGCGAAGGUUUAAAUGAAACAGUGAAAACUGUCCAGAGUGAAGAACCUUUACAAAAAUCAGCGAAUAAGAGAAGAGAGUCGAGCGCUGGAUGCCAAGCAGUGCCUAUGAAUUCAAACUCAAAAGCUUCGAAUCCUUAUGCUUUCUCGGUUACAGUUCAAAUUGACGACAGUUUACCAGUAAAUGUUGGCAACGAAAGCAGCAGCGUUGUUGGGGAUAAACGGCAUAGCUAUUGUAGCAGUUGUAGCAGUAGUAACAGCUGUAAUUGUGACAUCACUGGAGAGAAUAGUACACAAUACGAAGGAUUUGGUGUGGGUUUGGUGGUCAGUUCGGGCACCGACGAUUGCACCAGCGGCGGCUCACCAAGUCUAGCGGGCAGUAGUAAUGGCACUGGUUGUAUUGGGACGUCUAAUCAGAGGAAUUUUGGGGCAACUGAAUCCUCUGUACCGUUGCUGGAUGAUAAAUUAUAUCCAAUCAAUGCCGCCAAUUGUCACGAUUUGAGCGAAUCACAUCGUCCGGACUAUAAAGCUAAGAGACGCGAUCAAAAAUGUUACACUACCAACAACAAUGUUCAAAAAUCUGUAUUCAAUGAAAAUAAUAUAUCGGAAAAUCAGGGAGCUCUGAAUCAGCUAACAAUCGAUGACUCAGAAUCUCGUCGCCAACAAGUUCAUGACUUUUUGCAGCAUAAUCAAAUGCGGAAAAUUGCGGCAUUAAGGCGCAAAGAUUUCGCUAAUAGUAGCAAUUAUUCGUCGGAUAAUUUCAAUACUCCAGUGCCGAAUUUUGCAGACAGUUUCGUGUCACCUACUUCGGGUACUAUCAGUGCAAAGAAUGGCACGGAAUAUCAGUAUCAUCGUCAAGCCUGGAACAAGAGCACCUAUAUAACCGAUGAAGCAGUCAAUAUUCAGGAGAAAGUUAACGGUGUUAACAAGGUUGGGGCCAACGCUGCUAGCCCUUAUCCGCCAAAAUCAGCAACUGGAACUACCACACAGAAGCAACCACAACGACCACGAGUUUGUAAACAACAACCCGAUAGACCGGAACGAGCUUUAUUUUGCUUGGGUAUUAAGAAUCCUUUGCGCGCUUUUUGCAUUGGCAUCGUUGAUUCAAAACUCUUCGAAUAUUUCAUUCUGUUAACAAUCGGAGCUAAUUGUGUAGCUUUAGCUGUUUAUACUCCAUACCCGUUUGGUGAUUCCAAUGAGACAAAUCAGAUACUGGAACAUGUUGAAGCCGUGUUCCUUGUAAUCUUUACCUUCGAGUGCGUAAUGAAAAUUAUAGCUUAUGGAUUUUGUUUACACAGUGGUUCAUAUCUGCGUAAUGCUUGGAAUUUUUUGGAUUUCUUCAUCGUUGUCAUCGGCAUGAUAAGUACGGCUUUAUCCAACUUAAUGAAAGAUGGUUUUGAUGUGAAAGCGCUGAGAGCUUUUCGUGUAUUGCGUCCUCUUCGUUUAGUUUCUGGUGUACCCAGCUUACAAGUCGUAUUGAAUUCAAUUUUGCGCGCAAUGAUACCGCUUUUGCAUAUAGCUCUCUUGGUAUUGUUUGUUAUAAUUAUUUAUGCCAUAAUCGGUCUAGAAUUGUUUAGUGGCAAAUUGAAUAGAACUUGCCGUGAUCCACUCACUGGUGAGUAUCUGAACGAUGCGGAUGAUUUGCAUCCAUGUGGUGCGGGUUUUCAAUGUCCAGAGGGCUUCAUUUGCUAUGACGAUUGGGUUGGUCCGAAUUGGGGUAUAACCAACUUUGAUAACUUUGGCUUGGCCAUGCUAACGGUCUUCCAAUGUGUUACCUUGGAAGGCUGGACAGAUGUGCUAUAUGACAUUCAAGACGCGAUGGGCUCAUCUUGGCAAUGGAUUUAUUUUGUUUCGAUGGUCAUAUUGGGAGCUUUUUUUGUUAUGAAUCUAAUAUUGGGCGUUUUAUCUGGCGAAUUCUCUAAAGAACGGACAAAAGCGAAAAAUCGCGGUGAUUUUCAGAAAUUACGUGAAAAGCAGCAAAUUGAAGACGAUCUUAAAGGCUAUUUGGAUUGGAUAACACAGGCUGAAGAUAUUGAACCUGAAGCUGACGGCCAAUUACUAUCUGAGUCAAAACCAGUGAAAGCAAAUAAUGAAAUCGAUACUGUUGAUCAAAUUGGCGAUAAUACUUGCUUCGAAGUUCAAACAAGUGAAUCAUGGUUUUCGAAAAAGAAAAAAGACUUGGAUCGUGUCAAUCGUCGUUUACGUCGGGCUUGUCGUAAAACCGUAAAAUCUCAAGCUUUUUAUUGGUUAAUUAUCAUUUUGGUUUUCUUAAAUACGGGAGUCCUGGCCACCGAACAUCACAUGCAACCAGCCUGGCUAGAUGACUUUCAAGAAUACACCAAUAUUUUCUUCAUCGCUUUAUUCACCUGCGAGAUGUUAUUGAAAAUGUAUAGCUUGGGCUUAGAGGGUUAUUUUGUCUCCCUUUUCAAUCGUUUCGAUUGUUUUGUUGUUAUCGGUAGUAUAACGGAAAUGAUUUUGACUAGCAGUGAACUAAUGCCACCGUUGGGCGUCUCCGUCUUACGUUGUGUCCGUUUAUUGCGAGUCUUUAAAGUCACAAAAUAUUGGCGUUCCCUGUCUAACUUGGUUGCUUCCCUAUUGAAUUCUAUACAAUCGAUUGCCUCUUUAUUGUUACUUUUAUUUUUGUUUAUUGUGAUUUUCGCUCUACUCGGUAUGCAGUUGUUUGGCGGUAAAUUUACGUUUAAUCAAGAGGAGGAAAAACCGCGUUCCAACUUUGAUAGUUUCUAUCAAAGUCUUCUAACCGUGUUUCAGAUAUUAACUGGCGAAGACUGGAAUGCCGUUAUGUACGACGGUAUACGCGCUCAUGGAGGCGUAUUUUCCUUUGGUGUACUUUCCUGCAUAUAUUUUAUUAUUUUAUUCAUUUGCGGAAAUUAUAUACUGUUGAAUGUGUUUCUGGCCAUCGCUGUCGAUAACUUGGCAGACGCGGACUCCUUAACGGCCAUCGAUAAGGAACAUGAGCAGAGAAUUGAAGAGGAAUGCAAUAAAUCGCAUAAUUCUACGCCUACAUCGGAAGGCGGUGAAGAUUUAAAUGAAGUUGACGACGUUUGCAUUGACGUGACUAAGCACGAAAUGAAUGAUAAAAAGAUAUUUUUUGAUUUUAUUUUUAUCGCAUAUCUUUCUUCUGCAAAAAGAGCUGAUGAAGUUUUAACUGAACGCGAAGUAUGGGAAGAGGAACGUGAAAUAUGCGAAGAGGAACAAGAGUCAUCCACAGAUGAAAUAUCACCCACGUCUUCUGGUCGUCCCCGUCGCCAUUCGGAAAGGAAUACUAAGAAGAUCAAGAAACCUAUACCAAAAGGAAGUUCUUUCUUCAUAUUUAGUAAUACUAACAGGUUUCGAGUGUUCUGCCAUAGAUUAUGUAAUCACAGCAACUUUGGUAAUCUCAUUUUGUGUUGCAUUAUGUUUUCUUCAGCUAUGCUUGCCGCCGAAAAUCCUUUAAAAGCAGAAGCAAGCCGAAAUCUUGUGCUUAACAAGUUUGAUUACUUUUUUACGGCCGUUUUCACAGUUGAACUGUUGCUCAAGUUGAUCGCAUACGGUUUUGUAUUACACGAUGGUGCCUUUUGUCGGUCAGCGUUUAAUCUCUUGGAUUUGCUGGUAGUUUGUGUUAGUCUCGUGUCAAUUGGCUUCAGUUCAAAUGCGAUUUCAGUCGUGAAAAUUUUACGCGUACUAAGAGUUUUAAGGCCUUUACGUGCAAUUAAUCGAGCAAAAGGCCUAAAGCAUGUAGUACAAUGCGUUAUAGUCGCGGUAAAGACCAUCGGAAAUAUUGUUUUGGUCACAUGCCUAUUGCAGUUCAUGUUCGCUGUUAUAGGAGUUCAAUUGUUUAAGGGAAAAUUUUUUCAAUGCACAGAUGGAUCCAAAAUGUAUGAACGAGAUUGUCAUGGAACUUAUCUUAUUUAUGAGAAUGGUGACGUCAACAAGCCGCGUUUAAAAUUAAGAGAAUGGAAAAACAAUCGUUUCCAUUUCGACGAUGUUGCGAAGGCUAUGUUAAGUCUCUUUACAGUCAGCACUUUUGAAGGUUGGCCGGCCUUACUAUAUGUUUCAAUUGAUUCAAAUAAAGAAAACGGUGGACCUAUACAUAAUUUUCGACCGAUCGUUGCCGCCUAUUAUAUCGUUUAUAUAAUCAUUAUUGCCUUUUUCAUGGUCAAUAUAUUUGUUGGUUUCGUGAUUGUUACCUUUCAAAACGAAGGCGAACAAGAGUAUAAAGACAUCGAGUUGGAUAAGAAUCAACGCAAUUGUAUCGAGUUUGCUUUGAAAGCGAAACCCAUACGUCGUUAUAUACCGAAAAAUGGCACUCAAUAUAAAGUAUGGUGGUUUGUGACUUCGUCCUCAUUUGAAUAUUCAAUAUUUGUGCUAAUUAUGAUCAACACUGUGACAUUGGCAAUGAAAUUCCAUAAGCAGCCAAAGUUUUAUACGGAAUUACUCGAUGCUUUAAAUAUGUUAUUUACAGCGGUUUUUGCUUUAGAGUUUGUAUUCAAAUUGGCAGCGUUUCGUUUUAAGAAUUAUUUUGGCGAUGCUUGGAAUACAUUUGAUUUUGUAAUCGUCUUGGGAAGUUUUAUUGAUAUCGUUUAUAGCGAAAUAAAGAGCAAAGAAGAGCUACUUUCGGCAUCUUGUGAUUUAACGGAAAGCUGCCAAAGCAAAAUCAAGGUUAGUUCGACUCUGAUUUCCAUAAAUUUCUUUCGCCUGUUUCGUGUCAUGAGGUUAGUAAAGUUGCUGUCCAAAGGCGAAGGGAUCAGAACGCUGCUGUGGACCUUUAUAAAAUCCUUUCAGAGUCUACCUUACGUAGCUCUGCUUAUUGUGAUGCUCUUUUUUAUAUACGCCGUGAUUGGAAUGCAGGUGUUCGGAAAAAUUGCCUUGGAUGAUGAGACUUCAAUACAUCGCAACAAUAAUUUUCAAACAUUUCCUCAGGCGGUUUUAGUAUUAUUUAGAUCAGCUACGGGUGAAGCUUGGCAAGAUAUAAUGAUGGAUUGUUCGCCGCGACCUGAGGUUAGGUGCGAUCCCGAAUCGGACUCAACUGGUGAAUGCGGGUCAUCGAUAGCCUUCCCCUACUUCAUUUCAUUCUAUGUAUUGUGCAGUUUUCUGAUAAUAAACUUAUUUGUCGCGGUUAUCAUGGAUAAUUUUGAUUAUUUAACAAGGGAUUGGUCGAUUUUGGGUCCUCAUCAUUUAGAUGAAUUCAUACGCCUUUGGUCCGAGUAUGAUCCGGAUGCUAAAGGUCGUAUUAAGCAUUUAGAUGUUGUGACGUUAUUAAGAAAAAUUUCUCCUCCUUUGGGAUUUGGUAAAUUGUGUCCACACCGUAUGGCCUGUAAGCGUUUGGUAUCUAUGAAUAUGCCGUUAAAUUCGGAUGGUACGGUAUUUUUCAAUGCCACCUUAUUCGCGGUUGUUCGUACGUCAUUGCGCAUUAAAACUGAUGGGAAUAUUGACGACGCAAAUGCCGAAUUGCGAGCGACAAUAAAGCAAAUAUGGAAGAGAACAAGUCCGAGUUUAUUGGAUCAAGUAGUGCCGCCGCCUGGUGACGAUGAUGAAGUCACUGUCGGCAAAUUUUAUGCCACGUACUUAAUACAGGAUUAUUUUAGACGAUUUAAAAAACGCAAAGAACAAGAAAACAAAGAGGAUUUGCAGGAUGUCAACUCUGCUGCCUUGCAGGCGGGUCUGAGAACUUUGCACGAGAUGUCACCGGCCUUAAAAAGAGCUAUAUCGGGAAAUUUGGAAGAACUGACCGAAGAACCAGAACCAAUGCAUAGGCGUCAGCAUUCACUCUUUGGUAGUGUGUGGUCGUCCUUACGCCGUCAUGGUGGGUUGGCAGCUGUUGAAAACUUCAAAUCGAAUAGAAACAAUAGCAACAAUUCGGAAUUAAGCAAUUAUACAAAUGACAACAUUCAUCGCAGUAUAGCUGAAGGCAUCGAUCAUCUUACAAGAAAUCUUAUGCAUACUGCAACUAGUAAUACUUUGUUUUUAACUGAUUUAGGAGUCGUUAAAGAAACAGAUACUACCGCUGCUAAAGAUGAAGAGACAUCGGUGCCACCAACAUCCAUUACCAAUACAACAACAAUAGCGGCGACAACAACACCAACAACAACAACAACAACGGGAAAAACAAAAGAAGAAAAUGAAAAUUCCAAUCUUGGUACACUUACGCAUCCUUAUAACAAUGCGAAUGGCAGAAUACCCGGGAAAACUCGGACGACCCAAUCCAAUUCCACUAACCUACAUAUGACAACGAAACGAGAUAAGCCUACAUUGUAUGACGUUAGUGGUUUAGCGGAGAGUCUAGUGGAGGAGGUAUUGAAAGCAGACGGUCUAGGAAUGUAUUGUGACUCAGAUUUCGUGGGCGCCGCAACGUUUGAAAUUCGUGACGCUCUUGAUAUGACAACCGAAAAAAUGAAUUUAGCAGCGCAUCAAAUUUUAACUAAUACCAAUGUUAACCGAGAUGAUAUAGAAUCGAAAUCAAUAAUCAAUUCUCUGGGAUCGUCAACAUCCACCUCCAAUGAACCUCGGUAUUUACCUACAAUAUCGGCGAUUACUGAUGCACCUAUGUAUCCAUAUCAUUUCACUCGAAUGCCAACAACACUGUCAACAACGUCUUCGUCUCCCAUUAGUAGGUCGUCAUCAAUUGUCAGUACCACCAAUAAUGCCUUUAAGAAUAAUAAUUUCGGUUCCUAGCAGAGCCAAAAUAUAUAAUU